AACUACACUCCCCACAACCCCUUGCGCAUCUCUCGCUGCGGUUGCUUAGGGCCAAUCGGGAGAGGCAGCUGUGGCGGGGGCCGAGGAGGGACAUUUUAAAAGGGCCGGAGAUUGCGGGCGUCAGUGGCCAUGGCGGAUACAGCGACUACAGCACCAGUGGCAGCAGCUAGUGCCGCUAGCGCCUCGAGCGAUGCACCUCCUUUCCAACUGGGCAAACCUCGCUUCCAGCAGACAUCCUUCUAUGGCCGCUUCAGGCACUUCUUGGAUAUCAUCGACCCUCGCACACUCUUUGUCACUGAGAGACGUCUCAGAGAGGCUGUGCAGCUGCUGGAGGACUAUAAGCAUGGGACCCUGCGCCCGGGGGUCACCAAUGAACAGCUCUGGAGUGCACAGAAAAUCAAGCAGGCUAUUCUACACCCGGACACCAAUGAGAAGAUCUUCAUGCCCUUUAGAAUGUCAGGUUACAUUCCUUUUGGGACGCCAAUUGUAGUCGGUCUUCUCUUGCCCAACCAGACACUGGCAUCCACUAUUUUCUGGCAGUGGCUGAACCAGAGCCACAAUGCCUGUGUCAACUAUGCAAACCGCAAUGCUACCAAGCCUUCACCUGUAUCCAAGUUCAUCCAGGGCUACCUGGGAGCUGUCAUCAGCGCCGUCUCCAUUGCUGUGGGCCUUAAUGUCCUGGUUCAGAAAGCCAACAAGUUCACCCCAGCCACCCGCCUUCUCAUCCAGAGGUUUGUGCCGUUCCCUGCUGUAGCCAGUGCCAAUAUCUGCAAUGUGGUCCUGAUGCGGUACGGGGAGCUGGAGGAAGGGAUUGAUGUCCUGGACAGCGAUGGCAACCUCGUGGGCUCCUCCAAGAUUGCUGCCAGACAUGCCCUGCUGGAGACGGCGCUGACGCGAGUGGUCCUGCCCAUGCCCAUCCUGGUGCUACCCCCGAUCAUCAUGUCCGUGCUGGAGAAGACAGCUCUCCUGCAGGCGCGCCCCCGGCUGCUCCUCCCCGUGCAAAGCCUCGUGUGCCUGGCAGCCUUCGGCCUGGCCCUGCCACUGGCCAUCAGCCUCUUCCCGCAGAUGUCAGAGAUUGAAACGUCCCAGUUAGAGCCGGAGAUAGCCCGGGCCACAAGCAGCCGGACAGUGGUAUACAACAAGGGGCUGUGAGUGUGGUCAGCGGCCUGGGGACCGAGCACUGUGCAGCUGGGGAGCUGAGGGGCAGGGCCAGAGACUCAGGCUGCACCUGCGGGGAGCCGCAUGCCAACCCCAGCAAUCCGGGGCUCGGGAGAGUGCUCAACCUGCAGUGGAGGGAGACUGACCCAUUCACAUUUUAACAUAGGGAAGAGGAGUUCUAACACAUUUCCUACAGAGCAUAAUCAAGUGCAUUUCUGGGCCUUAUGUGGGGUUGUCAAAACUCCACUCAGCACAAUUAUGUGAGAAGCUGAAAAAUCGUAGCGUGCCCAUGGGGUAGAAUUACAAUCCUUUUAUACUUUUGAUUUCUUUUUUAUUUUUAUUUUUUAUCAGAAUCAAAUCUGAGCCUUAGUUUCAGCUGACCAGAAAUGGCAGGACAAGUGGGGGGAGCCAGAUUAGGCCUAGAGCUAGGUUGGUUUGGUGGCCAGGCUGGUAAAUUUAGGCUAUUACAGUGGCCAGCCCAGAUGGCUCCCCAGGCUGGCAUGGGGAGGGGAGAGAAGGAGGUCUGCACCCCACAGGAUGAACUAGCCAUGACAAAGGUCCUCAGGAAGUGGUCCAGGGAAUCGGGGAGCACCGGAGGCCUCUGCACGAUUGUGUGGGCAGCUGGCUCUGAAUGUAGCCAGUCCAUGUCCAUUCCAGAGCUGCAGAACUGGCACCUCUGAGUGAAGCCCAGUGACCCUGGAGCUAGGGUCCCCCUUCGUGGAGCUCUGAUUCAGGGCCCCUGAGGUGACCCCAGCUCCAGGCAAGAAUCCCAGAGAAGGAAUGGUGCUUGGCAGGAACCGUGGACCUGCACUUGACCUCUUUGAGAAGAUCCUCCUUCCAGGCCCCAGGCUGGACGCUGGGGCUGAGAGUGGGGCUGGAACUGGGCUCGCCGCCUUCCGCAGAGCUCCAGCCACCAAGGCUGCCUGCCCCAUCCCAUCCCUUUCUAAGCAGGAAGGUCCCAUGCCUGAGAACGCCUAGGCCAGCUCCUUAGACACCUAUCAGAGAAGCAGCAUCAACCCAGGAACAGCUGGGCCUGGCUCUGGCCGUAAAUGGCAUUGUGAUGUCGGACAAAUUCAUUUCCUUCUCUGAUCCUCCGCUCCCUGUCUGAAACCAGAAGACUGGAUCAAGGGGUUCCCACUGGCUCCUCCAGCAAGACCUUGUCUUUGCCUGUUGUGCCUAGAUGCUGGUCAUCCUGGGCAUGUCCCCAAUGUGGACACUGGACUGCGAAGGGGGCAGGCCCCUUUGGACUAGCAAUUGGCCUCAGAACCUGGACCUUGCCUUCUGUAUGUGACCCCAUAUCCCGGGAGCACUUGACCUUCGCCAAACACUUCACAGUUCUGGCGGAGGAGGUAACACAGAUACCUGGACCUGAUGGUGGGGCCACACCUGCGUGUCACCUUUCACUCCUGCAGCCUCAGAGGCCCCUUGCUGCCGGCUCUCAUCUCCUUCCCAUUUGCUGGCCAGGAAGGAAGAGCAAGCUCUACAAAGAGAAGCAGAGCCUGGGGUGGGUGUGAGCACGUGACCCCUCACCUGAAAGGCCCAAAACAAGGGGAAGCACCGGCCUCAGUGCAGCCCUGUCCUGACCCCACCUGGAAAGUAAGCCUCCACCUGCAGCCCCGGGCCUCCCUCCCCUGGGGACUCCACCUCAGGGGAGAUUUGGGCCAGAGGCAAACAUGCAUGUGUAGGAAAAGGCUGGCACAGGGCAGCAUCUUAGUAAGUGUGCUGAGGCAGGUCUUCCUUGGGCAUUGCAGUUGCCUCUCUGCCAGCCCCUGGUUCCCACAGCUGGCUCUGCAGCGCAUUGCCCUGAGGGGCCUGCCACUCUCUUGAGGAGUGGCCCACCUACUGCCUGUGAGGAGAGGGAGAGGCUUAGACAAGCCUGGAGGACAAAGCAUUGGGGGAAUGGGGGGGUGCCAUGGUGUUAGAGGGGCAGGCUUUUUUGAGCCAAUCCCACCGUCAUGUGAAUAUGCCAAUGACUGCUGGCAUGUCUGGGUCUUCUUUUGAAAAGCUCACUUUAAGCUCACCCUGCUCCUACCUAUCAUAGAGUUGUCUUGUGCACUUUAUCUUGAGACCAAAACUGCCUGACCACCCCCCGCCCUCCCCUUGCCAGAGGCCUGGCAGAGAUGGGUGCCCUGGCCCAGCCUGUGGCCUCAGAUCUCAUAACAUACUUGCUUUGUCUCCCCGGUGAUUUCCAUCAUGCUCACAAAUGCAGUUUCAGGUGAGCCGAGGGGUCUGCUCCUGUGGCGUUACAGUGGCAGAGGAUCCAGAUAGCCCAGGGUGAGGGUGACAUAGAGACAGUGGGCCAUGCCACUAGGCCCCGGUCUGGCUUUGGAAAGCCCGGUGAGGGGAAACCUUCACCCAGCACCCAUGCCCUAUUUUGCUGAGGCCCAAGGAAGGGAGGCCUGAGGGGUAGAUUGGUUCAUGCUUGGGGCGGAGGCUGUGCCAGAACACGGGCCACACCUGCAGUGGUUCUCCAGCCCUGGUGUCCCUGCCCGGCCCUCCUCUGGUCACUUCAAACAUUCCCUCAUGCUUGGGGAUGCCCUUCUUCCAUUUCCAGACAGUAAUGUGAGGGUGCAGGGACCAGAACCCCAAGAUGUCAAGCUGGCCAUGGAGUCAAGCUGGCCGACAGACUCCUUUCACUUUCUGGUUAUGAGCUGACUUGUUUUGAGUUCUGGCCUCUGGCCUGGGAGAAGGUCAGGAGCCUAGAGGAGGAGAAAGGCUGGUGGACAGACCUGGGGUGGUCUUCAAGCCUGGACCAGUGAGAGUGGGGCCCCAGCAGGCAAGCCUCAGCCACUCCCAGGGGCCUUUGCAGUGUCUUUUUAACCUCAGAACAUUUCUCAAUCUAUGUGAUUUAUGUAAUACUAAUGAGCUUUGGGCAAUAAAUAAGGGAUUUAAAGCA